AUGUCCUCACCCACUUCCAGCCCAACAUCAACCUGCUCUUCGCCAUCCAAUCUCCCAUCGACUUCUGCAAGCACCCAGCCAAGCCCAGUCGGAGAAAAGGGAAAAUACGUCCCCCCUCAACUGAGAAAAGACUGGAGCCCCAACAAAUAUGGUGAUGAUGGCAAAUACAUGGAUCCUAAACCCAAGGAUAUCGACUUGAAACUUGCCAGAGUCGAUUACGGUCCCGGAUGGCACCGUGAACGUGCUGCUUAUACACCCGUCCCAUACCCACAAAAUCAGAAUCAAAAUCAAUAUCUACGGGUUCCACACGGCGGAGAUGCGAGAUAUGGAGUUUUAAGAGACCUGGAGAUACCCUUCUACGCGCCCUUGGAACACCCGGAUGCCAACGAGUAUGGCUUGGCUGAGAAACCACCAAUGUAUACACCUCUUGGUUACCUUGAUCCCAAGCAGGCUGGAAAUGGAAAUGGCAUGUUUGGGGCAAGAGAAGUUCUUUAUAAUCUCUCGCCAAUUACAAGUGAGGGAGACAAGUGUGAAUAUGGUGGUGAUUUCACCUGUUUUGCAAGCACUGGAAAAGAAAAUUCGAGGAUGCUUAAGUUUGGUAAUGUUGAGACUUGCCCCCCUGGCUACGAAAAUGGAGCGAGGGGUCCUGGUGGUGAUUUUGGAUAUGUUGGAAAGGAACUCAAGGAGGGAAUCCUUGCAGUUGAUGUUGGUUUCAUGGAUUGCCACCCAACGAAGCGUUGA